AUGGUACUGGCAUUUUGUAGACGUGGUUCGGUUAUUCCCAUUUGUCUCUAUCUAUUGGUGGGGAGGUAUAUGAAGGAACGAAACGGUGGAUUAAAAAAUGAAAGCUCGAAGACAAAGAGAAUCGGGCUUUUCCAAAGAAUUACUGCUGCUUUCCCACUCCCUUUGAUUAUCAUAUACAAAAAAGUAUCUUCCACUUUCCUACCAAAUCUCUUUUUAUUCUGGCACAUAAAUGAAGGGAUCGAAGAGAUUAUGGCAGAUCAUGUUCACCAAGAAAUGACCCGAAAUUUGAUCUUGGUCUAUUUGAGAUUGUUCUUUUUAAUCGUAAUCAAAGAUGUUUUCUUGUCUCUCGUUUCUUUUAUGAAUAAAUUGAAGAACCUAAUGGAUUUAAACUCCGGGUGA